UUUCCUUGACUUUAACUUAAGAUGGGAGGUGCCAUCCACAACUUUUGACUUUGAAAAGUAUAUAAACAGCUCUUAUUGCAUAGAAUCAUCAUACUUCAUUGCCCUGAGAAAAAGAGAAGCUGAGGACUGCCAAGAUGAAAUAUUUACUCCACGUUGCAUUUGGAAUCCUGAGCGCUGCUCUGCUGUGCAAUGGCUAUUGCACAUUUGAGCCACUGAUCAUUGAAGACAUAUAUAACCUUCCAACAGGUUGUAAUGACACCAAUGGAGUCCUGCAUGAAUUUGGAUCAGAAUGGAAGACCGCCGACUGCUUUAAGUGCUCCUGCACUGAAUAUGGGAUUGACUGUUGCAGUAUAAUUCUAACUCCAGUAAAAACUCCACCUAAAUGUGAGAUGAUUGUGAACAAGAAGGAUUGCACCUGGAAACUUGUCCUGAAGAAUGAUCACUCCAAGGAGUGCUGUUAAAUGUUGUGGAUUUGACCUUUAUCCAAACUUUUUCCACCUGCUUUAAUAUUUAGCUGUUGGUUCUCUGUUGCACAAGAGUUUUGCUUUCUUCCAUGCAUUUCGAAUCAAUAUGCGGUUGUUGCACUUGUGUGAGCUUUAUGGUUUCAAUGAAAAUGGGCUGUAAUCUACCCAAACAGUAGAAAUCAAAUAAAUUUUCAGCAGGCUAUAAACAUUGUUCUCUCCUACUGUAGGUCCUCCUUACUCUACUUGGCAUUGUCCAUUAACAUUUGUCUUCUCUCUUCUGUGCAUAACCAUGUUAAACCAUAAGAGACGAGUACAACACUGGAUAUCCAUGAAUACUAAUUCAUAUGAGAACUUGGGUAAUAUACUGUAAUUCAGUAACUGCUUCAGUUUGCAUUGACUGGAAAAGGAAACAGUAAAAAUGUAGUAGUUUGCAGUCCUUGUUGUGAUGUCUUUAAAUACAGAAUGUAAGGCUUCAUAAACAUAUUUCAUAUCUUAA